UCCGAUCGGUUCAAUAGAGAGGACUUCAAUGGUUUUAAUUUGAUGGUAAUGGGGAUCCCAAACGUGGGAAAGUCUACAAUCAUUAAUAAGUUAAGGAAUACAAACCUAAGAGUGUCGGGAAAGGCGACGACUACCGGUGCCAUAGCUGGCGUCACCAGAAGUGUGUUGGAGCGCAUCAAAAUCAAUGCCAACCCUCCCGUCUACCUCUACGACACUCCCGGGGUUCUUGAGCCCAGAAUAGACAAAGGCUUGGAAACAAUUAUGAGAUGUGCUGUUUGUGCCACACUUUCGGAUCAACUGAUUGGUUACAGGACUAUCGCCGAUUAUAUACUUUAUUGGUUAAAUCGACACAAUAAUCACAGAUAUGUCAAAUUGUUAGGACUCGACACACCUUCAGAUGAUAUCACAGAAGUUUUAAUCAAAGGAUCAGUUUAUCUCGAAAAUAUAGUCGAACACAAAUCCUUAGAAAAAGGUCAAAUGGUUAAGAGACCGGAUGUGGAACAUACUGCACAACAGUUUGUGACGGCCUUUCGAAAGGGACAGUUGGGUCGAGUCAUGUUAGACGACGACCUCUUGAAAUAAUUUUAUAAAAUAAAUGAUUGUAAAUAAAAUGUACACAAAAUAAAU